CAAGUUCUGAAAAUGUCUAGCGGAAGUAGUGCUGUGGUUUCCCCCCCUAGGUUCCCUCCCUCCCUUUGACUUCUCAUUAAUCUUUGUGUAGUAUAACAGGCAAAAGCUCAACUAACUUGUUGCUUAACAAACCUUAGUGAUGUUUUUGGUGUUAUUCCUCAUGUCAUUUGGAACAUUUCAUGUUCACUCAGUACUUUCAAAGCCAGAGCAAGUCACUGCCUAUGAGGGGGACACAGUUACAUUGCAUUCUAGAGGAAACACCACGUGGACUCUUUCCAGAAUCCAGUGGGCCAUUUUUCAAAAUGAUACUUUAAUUGCUACUUAUCAGACAGGAGACUUAGAAACCGACCUCAUCUGGAGUUACAAGGGUCGACUUACUCUGAACACGACUACUGGUGAUCUACAGAUCAAAAAUGUGACAAGAAAGGACAACAAGUCGUAUUCUGUGCUUUUGAUGGACAACAACAAUGACCAAUACAAUCAUGACAUUCAACUCAACGUAAGAGACCCCGAGGACUGCUGGACAUCGCCAAGGAGGCCUGGGAGGAGCAACCGUGCCGACAGCGGACCCUGAUCGAGCAUGUCGGGGCCAU